GACUGAAAUUACAUUAUACGAGUGCAAUUAAAAUAAGGAAUUUUUCAGAUUAACUGUCGAUCUUUAUGUGCGAAAAAUAAACAUAAAGCAUGGAUGCCGUUCAGCCAACGUUACAACUYGACCAAUUGAACGAACACGAGCUAUAUGUACAAUGCAUUACGAAGCAACUGGAGGAGGUCGACUUGCUCUCAUCGAUAUACUGUACGCCCGGCGAAAUGCAUAUACUCGAUGCGAGCGUCAUCAGCGACUUCCAUGAUUUUCUCAAGACUCCCAUUGUCGUGCCCACCAACGUUUUAAAGGCGCAUUUGGAUUAUAUAAUUACUGUGAGCGUACUGCAUGGCAAGUCCAAGGAGAAAGUGGAUAUACGCAUUGAAUUGCCGAAUCUCUAUCCGCUGCUGGAGAAUGCGAUUGUAACAAUAUUUAGCACGCUUUUGGGCAAAGCUAAAGAACAGCAUUUAAAGCGUGAAAUUGAAAAGUACAUAAAUACAAUGGAUAAGAGUGAAUGCUAUGUAUUUCAGGUGGUAUCCUGGCUGCAAGAUGAACUGAAUGACCUAAUCUCGCGUGAUGGCAGCGAAUUUGAGGUAAAAAAGCAGGCAGCGGCGGAUGAAAAUGAAACCGCUUUGGAAUGUGAACGCUUGUGGAUUUACUCGCAUCACAUUAAAUCGAAGAAAAAGCGACAAGAAAUUCAAAGAGUGGCGCGCAAUAUGGACUUGAGUGGAUUUUUGCGUCCCGGCAAGCCGGGCAUUAUAUGCGUCGAGGGCGUACGUGCGCACACACAGGAGUUUUGGCGCGUGAUUAAAGCUAUGCAUUGGCAGCACAUCACUAUUUGCAAGAGCGAGCUGUGGCAGGGUAAAUUGGAGCAGCGACGUCGCUUUGAUGGUUUCAAAGAGCAACUCUUCUGCGAUGAUCUGGAUAAUGAGGAAGGUGUAAUGAAUAUGGCGCUGUUUAUAAAGUAUUUGGAAACGCACAAAUCGGGUUAUAUGAAAAAAGAGCUUUUCGGUUUGGAGUAGAGAAGUGUGUACGUUGAAUGAAAGAAGCAAAGAGGCGGAUAAAGCACAAUUAAAAAGUAGAAGAAACGAUAGUAAUAACUGAAACUGCCAACGUGGGAGCGAAAACUUUGUUUUUGUGUGAAUAUUGCCGUCUUGUAAUUCAAGUUUUAUGCAUAUGUUUUUAAUAUAAUAUGUAUAUAUUUUUUUUAAAUA